AUGGCAGAGGAUUGUUGCUCGACGCAACUGAUUGACGCUAACGGGGAAUUCAAUGCAGCGGAACUUCAGAACUUCAUCGACACCGUCAAACUUCACCAGCGCGGCCUCUCUUACGCCGUCGUAGCAAUUAUGGGUCCACAGAGCAGUGGGAAAAGCACUUUGCUGAAUUAUCUGUUCCGUACAAACUUCAGGGAGAUGAAUGCAUUGACGGGAAGGAAUCAAACGACCAAGGGCUUAUGGAUAGCCAAAGCUGUUGGCAUUGAGCCAUUUACGAUCGUCAUCGACUUGGAGGGUACUGAUAGCCGCGAAAGAGGCGAGGAUGAUGCAACAUUUGAGAAACAAAGUGCAUUAUUUGCUCUGGCAAUUGCGGACAUUGUCCUCAUUAACAUUUGGUGCCAUGAUAUUGGUCGGGAGCAGGCUGCCAAUAGGCCUCUUCUGAAAACCGUAUUUCAGGUUAUGAUGCGUCUAUUUAGUCCUCGCAAAACAACACUUCUCUUCGUCUUACGUGACAAAACAAAGACUCCAUUUAAAUUUUUGGAGCCUAUUCUUAGAGAGGAUAUUCAGAAGAUAUGGGAAACGAUUCCCAAGCCCCAGGAGUACAAGGACACUUCUCUCAGUGUAUUUUUCCGUGUGGAGGUUGUUGCCUUAUCCAGUUAUGAGGAGAAGGAAAAACAAUUCAAAGAAGAGGUUUCCCAACUUAGGCAGAAGUUUUUCCAUUCUAUAUCUCCAGGAGGACUUGCUGGCGAUAGAAGGAGCGUUGUCCCUGCUUCAGGAUUUUCUUUCAGUGCACAGCAGAUAUGGAAAAUUAUCAAAGAAAAUAAGGACCUUGACCUUCCAGCUCACAAGGUCAUGGUUGCCACUGUACGGUGUGAAGAGAUUGCCAACGAGAAGUUCAGUCGCUUGGCAUCUGAUGAAGAAUGGAUGGCUCUGGAGCGAGCCGUACAAAGCAGUGCUGUCCUUGGCUUCGGAAAAAGGAUGAGCUCAAUUUUGGAAAAAUAUCUAUCAGAAUAUGAUGUGGAGUCUGUAUACUUUGAAGAAGGUGUGAGAAAUGCAAAGCGCGAGCAUUUGGAAUCGAAAGCAUUGCAGUUGGUUCAUCCUGUUUAUAUCUCCAUGUUGGGGCAUCUACGUUCUAGAGCACUUGAAAGUUUUAAGACUCGACUGGAACAAUCUUUGGCCGGAGGAGAAGGAUUUGCUGCAUCUGUUCGCAGCUGCAGUCAGUCUUCUAUGGUCGAGUUUGAUCAGGGAUGUUUAGAUGCUGCUAUACAGCAGGCUAGUUGGGAUGCUUCUAAAGUACGUGAAAAACUUCAUUGUGAUAUUGAAGCUCAUGCAUCCGUUGUUCAAAGUGAGAAGUUGUCAGAAUUGGUAGCCAAUUAUAAGAAACAAAUUUCUGCAGCACUCACUGAACCUGUGGAAUCCCUUUUUGAAUCUGGUGGGAAAGACACAUGGGCUUCAAUAAGAAGACUCCUGAAACGUGAGACUAAUGUAGCUGUAUCCACUUUUCCUUCUGCUGUUGCUGGUUUUGAAUUGGAUCAGGCAAUAUUUGAGGAAAUGGUACAGAGUUUGCAGGAAUAUUCAAGAAGUUUAGUGGAGAGAAAAGCAAGAGAGGAAGCUGGUAAAGUCCUGGUGCUCAUGAAGGACAGGUUUGUUACUGUCUUCAACCAUGACAAGAAUUCACUGCCGAGGGUUUGGACGGGGAAAGAAGAUAUUAGAGAAAUCGCAAAGGAGGCCCGCUCUGAGUCUUUGAAGCUUUUAUCCACGAUGGCUGCUGUACAAUUGGAUCAGAAAGCAAGCAACAUAGAGAAUGUACUAUUCUCCACCCUCAUGGACAGGACAGUUGCCCCUCCUCAGAACAGGGGGAAUGAAGUUUCUGGAGAUCCUCUUGCUUCAAGCACAUGGGAAGAGGUCCCUCCAGAGAAGACAUUGAUUUCACCUGUGCAGUGCAAGUCCAUUUGGAGACAGUUUAUUGCGGAAACUGAGUAUACUAUCACUCAAGCUGUCGUUGCACAGAAGACAUACGAGCAACGCAACAGUUGGUUACCUCCUCCUUGGGCAAUCAUGGCAAUGCUUAUACUUGGUCUAAAUGAAAUAAUGUUCCUUUUAAGGAAUCCUCUUUACCUUCUGGUGUUAUUUGUAACAUAUUUGCUUGGGAAAGCCAUAUGGGUACAGAUGGACAUUCCAGCGGAAGUUUGUAUUGGCACUCUUUCUGCGCUUAUUUCGCUCUCAACAAAAUUCCUUCCCACAGUCAUGAAUCUUGUUAGACGACUUACUGCUGAAAGUGAAGAGAGUUUGGAGCCUGCAUCUCCUCCGCGGCUUGCUUCCCAGAGUUUCAGAAAUCAGAUGCAACAAUCUGACUCAAGGAAACAUCCUGUUUUGGAGCAUCUGACUAGUGUUCUACCCCGCCCUAGGAUUGGAACUGAAGAAAGUGAAGAAGCUUUUGCAAACAUUCCAAUAUCUUACCUUUCCAAAUGA